GUUAGCGUUAAGUGGCAUAAGAGUGACCCAAACAAAUUAUUUAUCGCCGAAAAGAAAGGGAUCAUCCGUUUCUAUAACUGCCAAACGAAACGCCCGCUCAUGUCAUGUGAUUGCAAUCGUUUCCCACUCCUGAGCGCCGACUGGUCUCCCACUAAUAGUCUAUUCAUUACAUGUGUGGCCGGAACUGAUGUUUUCUUUUGGGACACAUCUCUGUCGAGUUUACCGAUUGAACAGAGAAGAGGACACGUAAACGGUUCCCAAUCCAUCAGAUUCUUUGAUUCCAAUAUCAUAGCCACGAGAGGACGGCCUAAUAAUACGGUUCGCGUCGAGAAUCUUAAGACAAAUCAGGUAUUAAUGGAGGAACAGAUGAAAGCGGGCGCCGGUAUCGCCUGGAACUGCAAAAUACCAGUCCUGGCGGUCGGCGCCAAUAAAUGCGUCCAUAUCUAUAGAUUUGGAUCUAUUGUAUGA